AUGAAACCUUCGAACUUACUUCUGGCUUCUCUUCCUCUUAACUUUGACUAUCAUGAUCCUCAGACUGAUACAUUCUACUAUCAGGAUGAAAGGUUUCUAUCCACUCUCAAAUUCAACUCCUAUAACCAUUAUACCAAUCAACCGUAUGUUUCCAAUGGCUAUAUUGGUUCUAGAAUCCCUAAUUUAGGCUUUGGAUUUGCAUACGAUCAAAAUGAAAACUCUUCCAGCUCAUCUCUCGGCAAUGGGUGGCCACUAUUUAAUGACCGGUAUGCUGGUGCCUUCGUUUCCGGCUUCUAUAAUGCUCAGCCCAAUACUACCGGUACUAACUUUCCCGAGUUGUUGGCCGAUGGUGGAUACGAAAGCGUCAUAAGUGCAAUACCACAGUGGACUCAGAUCUGUAUUAAGCAGGUGGUAAAUGGCACUGAGUCUGUAUUGGAUCCUCAACAAAUUAUUCCAUCCGGGUCCAUAUCAAACUACAUUCAGUCUCUCAAUAUGUCCAAUGGUAUCGUCACCACCUCUUACGAUUGGCUUGGUCUGUUGCAUCUCGAUGUAACUGUUUGGGCUCAUAGAGAAAUCUCUUCUCUUGGUUUACUUAAGGUUGACAUAUCUCCACUGAAAACUCUGGAUUCUCUUGUGGUUUCGGACGUUCUCGACUUUAACUCGUCUCAACGUUGUUGGUUACAAGAUUUGGGUAAUGAUGGUGGCAGUAUCUUUAUGACAGUUACUCCUGAGAAUGUCCCUUACAAGGCUGCAACUCUAUAUUCUAUCAUGCGCUCUUCCUUACAGCCACUGAGCUCGCAUAUUAAUCGCACGGAUUCCGCAGUAAGCUCUGAACUUUCUCUACCUACAGACAGGAAUGUCUCUCUCUUCAAGUAUGUUGGUAUUGUCUCUGACGAUCUUUUUGAUACCAAUAGUUCCUCUAAAGUGUUUGAAAUCGCCAAAACUACUGCUCUUAAAGCUUCUAAUUCUUCCUGGAGCAAUCUUCAGAAAUCUCACAACAGAUCAUGGAGCGAUCUCUGGGAUGAAACUCGAAUAUCAGUAGAAGAUGACAGUUAUCUAACAUUAACCGCAGAAGCCAGUAUUUAUCAUUUGCUUGCCAAUACAAGGUCUUCAAGUGCUAAUCUUACCAGUGCUUUGGGCGUGACGGGUCUUAGUUCCGAUUCGUAUGCUGGUAUGGUCUUCUGGGAUUCAGAUUUAUGGAUGAUGCCUGGAAUACAAACAUUCUCUCCUGAAAAUGCCGCUGCCGUAUCUCAAUUCAGGAAGUACAUACAUCCUCAGGCUGUUAUAAAUGCUCAAGAUCAUGGCUACAAUGGCUCUGUUUACUCCUGGACAUCUGGUAGGUUCGGAAAUUGCACCGGAACUGGCCCUUGUAUGAACUACGAGUAUCAUAUUAAUGUGGCCAUAUGCUAUUCAAUUUGGAAGCUUUACGUCAGUGGUUCGAUUGGCGACUAUCAACUCAGAGCUGACGGUUGGCCCAUUUUGAAGGAUUCUGCAGACUUCUUUUCGCAGUACGUCAAGUAUAACAAUACCUUAGGAAAGUAUACCACACAUAACUUGACAGAUCCAGAUGAAUAUGCGAAUUUCAAAAAUAAUGCUGCUUAUACUGCUGUUGGUAUAGCGCAGGUCAUGAAAUGGGCCAUGCUAGUCGGUAACUAUCUUGGAGAAAAGGUCGAUUCCAGGUGGCAGGAUAUUAGAGAUAACAUGUAUUUGGCUGUUUCAAAAGAUAAUGUCACUUUGGAGUAUGAUACCAUGAAUUCUUCCGUGUCUAUUAAGCAGGCAGAUGUCGUUCUAAUCAGUUAUAUCGAUGAUCAAGAUGGCUUUUUGCCGUAUAUAUAUGGGUAUGACAAGGCCCGCGCAUAUAGAGAUUUGGUAUACUACUCUGAUAGGCAUGCUUCUGAAGGUCCCGCCAUGACUUACCCAGUUUACCUGGCUGUCAGUCAGAAGUUAAAUCAUUAUGGUUGUGGAUAUCAUACCUAUCUUCAGCAGUCUGUUCGUCCGUUUAUACGAUUUCCAUUUGCUCAGAUGAGUGAACAGAACAACGAUGAUUAUGAUUCUAACGGAGGUACGCAUCCUGCUUUUCCGUUUCUUACUGGUCAUGGUGGCGUUGUCCAAUCAUAUUACUAUGGUCUUCUUGGAUUGAGAUAUACCUACAGUUUAGGUGGUAACAAUGAGAUCAACCGUCUCUUGCAUAUUGAUCCUAUUAGUCUACCUCGAUUCACCGGUAACUUUACCAUCGAGGGCUUUCGAUACAUGAACGAAAGCAUUGAUAUCCAAGUGGAUAGCAGUAAGUGCGAGUAUGGUAAUUCUGAUAUCAGUGGUUGUUCUGCCACUUUUAUCAGUCACGGCUAUGGCAAUGAUUCGGUAUUCAUUUAUGUGGACUCAAGAAAUAGUAAGGGGGGACUCUAUGAACUUUCACUUGGCUCUUCACUUUCUGUACCGCUUUUCGUUCCUUCAAUGAAUUUGCCAGGGUCAUUUACUGAAUGUGUGGCGGACACUGCCGGAGUUACCGAAGGUGUUGAAGGAGAUGUUCUAGAUGCCAUUGUAGAUGGUGAUAAUGCUACGAGUUGGCAGGUGAGAGAUAAGAACAAGCCUUCUCGAAUCAUGAUAGACUUGAAGAACCCUCGUACUUUCACCAGAGGUACUAUUGUUUGGGGACCAAGGCCUGCCAAGCGGUUUACAGUGUCAAUUCUUCCCGAGUAUAAUGAUUUGUCAAGAAAGGAUAUGGUUAGAAUUAAAAAGACUUUUGAACCGGGCCCAGAGAAUUACUAUAAUGUCACGACAUUAGUUCAUGAGCAGGGUGUUGAUAUUACAAGCCCUUACAAUGUCUCCGAUGUUGAGGUUAGGGUUCAGGAUAUGAAUUAUACGACAUUUGAUAUGAAAAUGAACUACACGGCAAGAUAUGUUGUUCUAGAUGUUCAUGGUGUAGUUGACGAAGAUAACAAUGAAGUGGGAGCUAAAAUAGCGGAGUUUGGUUUAUUUAAGUAA